AUGACCAAGCGCGCCCCCGGGAUGCCCAGCCGCCAGGCCUCGGCGCUGCCCCUGCGCCCGACGCCCACCGCCGAGCCCCCGCGAUCAAAGAACUUCAUCCUCGCCGACAUGGACGGCCGCGCCUCGGGGACCAACGACGCCUGCGCCAGCUGCAUCGCACAGCUGGAUCCCGCAGAGGUCGGCCAGGUCAAUUGGCGCCUCGCCGACGACUGUCGCCUGUGCCAGGUCGCCGCGUGCAAGCCAGAGGCCUUUACUAAGCCCUUCUGUGACUUUUUGCAGGAGAACCCGACCGUCUUCCACACUGUUGAUUAUUUCAAGAGGAAACUGAAUCACUCGGGCUUUCAAGAGCUCCCUGCGCGCGACGACUGGACCGGCAAGAUCGAGCCUGGUGGCAAAUAUUGGGUGACACGAAACGGCAGCACGCUCAUCGCCUUCACUGUCGGCAAGUCGUACAAGGCCGCUAACGGCGUGGGCAUGGUGGCGGGCCACAUUGACGCCCUAACGGCUCGCCUCAAACCCGUCAGCACCAAGCCGUCCAAGGCCGGCUACGUCCAGCUCGGCGUCGCCCCCUAUGCCGGCGGCCUGAACCAGACGUGGUGGGACCGCGACCUGAGCAUCGGGGGGCGCGUCAUUGUGCGCGACGACAAGACGGGCAAGACCAGCGUCCGGCUCGUCAAGGUCGACUGGCCCGUCGCCAAGAUCCCCACGCUGGCGCCCCAUUUCGGCGUCGGCAUGUUUGGCGCCAGCAACAAGGAGACGCAGGCCGUGCCCAUCAUCGGCCUCGAGAGCUCCGCCAACGAUGCCGACGCCGCGCCCCUCGGCCCCGUGGGAUCCUUUGUCAACACGCAGCCGCCCCGGCUCGUCAAGCUGAUUGCCCGCCAGCUCGGCAUCCAGUCGCUCGGCUCCAUCCUCAACUGGGAGCUUGAGCUCUUCGACUCGCAGCCCGCCCAGACAUGCGGCAUUGACCGGGAGCUCAUCACGGGCGGCCGCAUCGACGACAAGCUGUGCUCGUGGGCUGCCCUCAUGGGCCUGCUGGCGGCCGACGACGACGACGACGGCGGCUACGUCAAGCUCGUCGCCCUCUUCGACGACGAGGAAAUCGGCUCGCUCCUCCGCCAGGGCGCCCGCGGCAACUUCCUGCCCCUCGUCAUCGAGCGCACCAUCGAGGCCCUCAACCCGUCCGCCUACGGCCCGGGCCUCCUCGGCCAAACGUACGACCGCUCCUUUCUCGUCUCGGCCGACGUCACCCACGCCGGCAACCCCAACUUCCUCGAACACUACCUCGACGACCAUGUGCCCCAGCUCAACGUCGGCAUCGUCAUCACGAGCGACAGCAACGGCAGCAUGACGACCGACGCCGUCUCCACCGCCAUCCUGCGCCGCGUCGCCGAGCUGUGCGGCGCCCGCACCCAGGACUUUCAGAUCCGCAACGACUCCCGCGGCGGCGGCACCAUCGGGCCCUCCCUCUCCAGCAACAUGGGCGUCCGCGCCGCCGACGCCGGCCUCCCCCAGCUCAGCAUGCACUCGGUCCGCGCCACCACCGGCGCCCUCGACCCGGGCCUGGGCGUCCACUUCUUCAAGGGCUUCUUCGACAACUGGGAGAAGAUUGACUCCGAGUGGAACUAUUGA